AUGGCCGAUACAUUAACUGGGGUGUUAAAACGUUUUUAUGAUGAUUACUCUCUAUCAACAUCCAAGAAAUUAAAAAUCGUCGAUGCUUAUUUGCUGUACAUUCUGUUGACUGGAGCCAUUCAGUUUUUGUACUGUUGCUUGGUGGGCACCUUUCCAUUCAAUUCCUUCCUGUCAGGAUUCAUUUCGUGCGUUGGAUCGUUUGUGUUGGCAGUUUGCUUAAGAGUACAAGUCAACCCAGUCAAUAAAGAUGUAUUUCAUGGCUUGAGUCCAGAAAGAGCCUUUGCUGAUUUUAUAUUUGCACACGUCAUAUUACAUCUGGUUGUUAUAAAUUUCAUAGGUUGA